AUGUCUUUGGCCAUUUCCACAAAUGAUCUGCGCCAGGGCGAGCGCCAGACACCGCAUUCCACAAGAGCGUCCAGGCAAUUCAUCCGCUUGGCCUGGCAAACCAUCUAUUCAAAAUAUCAAAAGCUGACUGAUCUUUUGCGCCGAGAAACAAAUAGGCCGCUUCCCAAAGAGCUGCGCCGUUCCCUACGAUUGAAUAAAUCAGCCAAACGCAAGGGCUAUCAGCAACAUCAAAGUGAGGCAGAUAAACGGGCUCUCGAAGAGCAUUUAAAUCAACCUAUUAAUUUAGCCAUACGCAUUGGACCAGCCUUUGAGUACAUGCCAUCCAACUCGUAAAUGCAAGGGCAUAAUAUUUUUUAAGUAAAUAGUUAUAGGGAUGCAGAGAUACAUGGAACUAAUAGUUGAUAAGCUCUAACAAUACAGCUUGUAGUCAAAUAUCUUGUAAGCUUUAACCAAAAACUUUUAUAAAAGUUCAACCACU